CAGAUCGAAACGAGAGGCGGAAAACAGGAAAUGGACACACUAGACGAGACGAUGGCCAGAUCUGGUCCACUUAACAGAAGCGUCAGAGAGGUUUGAUGUGAUGUGAUAUGAGCACCUGAUAAACUGAGAUCUAAUUCCCUCUCCUCUCCUCUCCUCUCCACUGCAAAAUUUUGUUUUCUUUCCUCCAUACCGACUCUCUCAGAGAGAAUUAACUCAUCAUGGGCUGCUCUUUCUCCGGCCUGAAUGCCCUCUACGACGCCGUGAACGGCGGUGGAGAUGUCUGGAUCAACGAGAACCGUUACAGAAUCCUUAGACAGCUCGGAGAAGGUGGCUUCGCCUUUGUUUUCUUGGUCAAAGAGGUGCCCUCCGACAAUUCCUCCGUCCCCGGUACUGGUCUCGCCGCCAAAGUCAGGGACAAAUCCCAUCUUUCCGUGAGCACUGGUUUUCAGGACUUGAAUAAGAAUGUUAAUCUGAAUGCAGAAGAUGGAACUUAUGCAAUGAAGAAGGUUCUUAUCCAGAACAAUGAGCAGUUGGAAUUGGUGCGGGAAGAGAUUCGUGUUUCGUCACUGUUUAGCCACCCAAAUCUUCUUCCUCUUCUUGAUCAUGCUAUCAUUGCUGUUAAGGUAAUUGACGCAAUCCUCUGUGUGUUUACUACACAAGAAGCAUCCUGGAACCACGAAGCAUAUUUACUGUUUCCAGUGCACUUGGAUGGAACAUUACUGGACAAUUCAAAAGCAAUGAUGGCGAAGAAAGAGUUCUUUUCAACCUCAGAUGCUCUUCAGAUAUUUCGGCAGCUUUGUGCAGGAUUGAAGCACAUGCACAGUCUUGAGCCUCCAUAUGCACACAAUGAUGUGAAACCCGGCAAUAUCCUUAUAACACAUAAGAAAGGGCAGUCACCCCUUGCCAUAUUGAUGGAUUUUGGCAGCGCUCGACCUGCAAGAAAGCAAAUUCGUUCCCGAACAGAGGCACUACAACUACAGGAAUGGGCAGCAGAGCAUUGUACAGCACCUUUCAGAGCUCCUGAGUUAUGGGAUUGCCCAAGUCACUCAGAUAUUGACGAGAGGACGGAUGUUUGGUCUCUGGGAUGCACACUUUAUGCAAUCAUGUACGGCGUAUCUCCAUUUGAGUAUGCUCUUGGAGAGUCUGGAGGGAGCCUACAACUGGCAGUCCUAAAUGCACAGGUAAAGUGGCCAGCUGGACCUAAGCCUCCAUAUCCAGAAGCUCUGCACCAGUUUGUGAUGUGGAUGCUUCAGCCACAAGCAGCAGUUCGCCCACGCAUCGAUGACAUCAUCAUCCACGUCGACAAGUUGAUUGCUAAGUUUUCCUGCUAGAGAUUACAGAUGACUAAAACAAUGAUUGCAGUGGAUUGCUGUACCUAUUGUACUCGGCAAUCGGGAAGGAGGUAACAACACAAACGGGGAAACAAACAAAUGGAAGCCGUGCCGUUCCGUUUAAACGAGUAGUAACCAUUUUAUUAGACUUGCAGCUUUUUGGAAGUUUUGGAAAUAGGCUUUGUUAUAAACAUUCAAGUCAUAGCACCCAUAAAAGAAGAUAAAGAAGUUGCUUAUCUAAUUCCUUCUGUAAUUUUUUUUCUUAAUAAGAGUUUCUUCUGUAUUUUUUUCUUAAUAAGAGUUUCUUCUGUAAUCUAUUCAACGUAACACUUGCAGUUUCUUUUCCAUGGUGCAAUAAUUACUAUAGAGGGAUGC